CACAGGCUCAGGUAGGAGGAAGCAGAGAACUGAGCGAGCGGUUGAGUGUCUGGGGCAGUGGCAACAGGAGGCAGAAAGGAGGCUGGAACAAGAGGUUGGGGCUGUGCUGAUGGGGAAGAUGCCGGAUGGAGGCUUUGGGACCUCAUUUGUGGACAGUCAGGAGCAGGGGGAAGAGAGGGGACUCUCACAGUGCGCUGGCUGAUAGAAGGGCUGGUAUUGCCAAGUGCCCACCAUGCCCCUUGCUGUGCUGCUGCUGAUAAUAACUUUGUUAAUGGAGCAUUAACUAGGAGGUUUUGCUAUUUGAUCCUCACAGCAACCCAGGGAGGAAGGUGUUACCAUUUCUAAGAUUCUGAGAUUAAGGGACAUGCACCAAGUCAUACAGCUAGAAAAGAUUCAAAUCCUGGCCUUAGCCUGCCUUCCUCUCCAUCACACUGUGCUGCUUUCCUUGAACGGGGGUGGGAGAAGUCGGGAGGGCAGCUCAGGUAACUGGAACAGCAUGUGCAAAGGUGUGGCAGGAAAAAUGCUUGGUGACAGAGGAGCCAGGUCUGGAGGGAUGAGGAAUGAGGGGUGUGGAUGUUGGGCUAGGGCCUGAUGGCCCUCGGUUGCCAUGAAGACCAAGUCUGAACUGGACCCCCACUCAUCCUAAGUGCCACUUCUUCCUGAGAGCCAAGGCAGCCUCGGUGUGCUGCUGGGGUUGCUUCCAGACCAUUCCUGGGGGCAGCAACCUUGGGAGACAGGUAGGUGGAAGUUCUGGAGAUCCAAAAACCUGAAAAAGAGGCUCUAAGUACAGGCCUGACCCGGGCAUCAUCCCCAGUUGAAGACAGCUGUUAGAGCCUUAGGAAGUACAGAUUCCAAGGGGAGGGAUCUGCCCCGGGCCACACAGCUGGUGGGGGCCACAGAGAUCAGAUGUAGGGCUCUCGAGAGGACAGAGGGCACCGGUGGGUGGUGAAAAGGGGAUGUGAUGAGAUUCAGUGCAUCACACUGCCACAGUGGGGGAGCCCAGAUGGGAUGCUCAGGUGGAUGUGGGAGUACUGCGACACACACACACACACACACACACACACACACACACACACACACACACACCACUAGGAAUCCGGCUCUUCCCAGUUGUUCUUUCUUCUGACCCUGUUGGGAACCAGUCAGGGGAAUGUUCCAGUCCCAUUCCAGCAGGGAACCUUAGUCUCUGGGAGAAGAGACAAGCAGAGAGCAUGGAACCAUCCCAGGGAGAACUCGGAGGUACUGGUGGGGGGUAAUACAGCCCUGAAUUUGGCCCAGCUCUGCCCCUUCCCAGCUCUUGGUACCUCAGUCACCUGUUAAAUGGAAUAGCAGUUACUACAUCACCAGAUGGUUGUGACUGUAUAGAGAGCACCUGUAACACAGUAGGUACUUAAUGUUACUUCCUCACAUACCCCUCCUGCAUUUCCAUGGGGAAGAACCAAGGCUGGGGAUGGUCAUGACUCCAGGGAGUGGACUGCUCCAUAUGAUUGUGUGUGUGUGUGUGUGUGUGUGUGUGUGUGUGUGUGUGUGUGUGUGUUGGGGCAAGUGGAGGGGACAGUGUGGUGGAAGGUGUCAGGAAGGCUAGACUCCUGUUCGGGGACACCUGAGGAUAGGCUGGGUGGCCUUAGGGAAGUCAAUAAACCUAUUAGCCUCAGUUUCCCCAUCUCCUGCAAUGGGUAAAAUGAUAUCCUACCAGGGUUUUUGCAAGAAUGGAAUAUCUUCCAUGUCAAGCUGCUAACACAGGACCUCGUGUGUUCAAAUGAACUGUGAUCAUAAAAACAGUUUGGUUAAGGGUCCCAGGAGGGCUGGAAUCUUUUGCUAGCCUGAGCUGCCCACUGGUGGCUGGAGAACACUACCUCCUUUACUGGUGCACAUUUCAAAUUCACUCAAAUCAAGGAAGUGUACCCAUUUUAAAGACAAAACUGAAGCACAGGGAAGAAGAGGGUGACUUUCCUAAGGACAUAGAUCAAUUUACUGAGCUCCUUGUAAUGAUAAUCAUCAUCAGAGCCAACAGUAAGUAGCACUGUUGUGUCAAGCAGGGCCUCGGGCACUUUCGUAAAUGAGAAACUGGUGUCAAUGCUGGGCAGAUGCUGCCGUGGGCCUAGACACAGGUGUGGCAAAGGUAUGGCGAGGAGAGUAUGUGGAUUUCAGGUAUUCCCUUUCCCCAGUUCCUCUGGGCACAACACUAGGGGGCAGACUGUCCACUCAUCACUUCGCUCCCUGGAGUGGAGACGAGUGUCAGCCCAGCCCGGUUUUCUGGCUGAGGGAGCCAAAGACUCCAAGAGGCAGAGUGUCCCACCCAAGUCCACACAGCCAGUAGGCAAUGGAGGCUGGAUUCGACCUCAGAUGGCCUGGCUCCUCCCACACUGACCCAGGACCUUCACAGUGCUCCCCACUCAGCCCAGGCCUGGUGCCAGCACUUCUACAUGCCAAGCUCCACCCAGGAUAUCUUGUGAGUCUACCCAGACGUGCAAAAGUCUCAGGCCCAGCUCUGCCUUUUGGGGUCACAGGCAGCUUUCCGAUCCAUCGAGGUAUCGGCCAAGCACCAACAGACUGCUAGGCCCCUCGCCCCUUUGUGCCGAGGAAACAAAGGCUCAGAGAUGUUUAGCAGCUACAUCCCAAGACCCUGGCGAGUCAAUGGCAGGGCAGUGAAGCACUUGAGGGCAUUUCUCCGUGUCUCCGCAAGGGUGUGAUCACCUCAGCCUAAGCCCAGCAGCUCGCCCUGUAGGGUCGCAGUCUCCUAAGCAUCUCCACCGCCUGACCCUCGAAUCCAGUGAGGAAGAAGGAGCCACAUGACUUCCCUUGUGCAGGUUUCCACCUGCAAAACUGAGGUGGGGGACCCAAAGCAGAGUCGGGUUGGGACUCUGACGGGGAGUCCCUGUGCUCCGUACAGACACCCACGCCGCCCCGUCCGGACUCGGAGGGACCUGGUCAGCCCAGUCUGCCGGGACCACGCCGCGGCCAGGCCAGCCACUUAGGUUCCAGUGGCCCGCGAGAGCACCCUCGCUGACAAAGGCCAAGGCCGCAGGGGCCGCCCCCGCGCGACCCUGUAGGGCCCGGGGGCGGGGAGAGGCGGGCCGGCGGACUGCGCCGAGGCGCGCCUAUUGGCUGGAGCUGACGUCCAUCCGGGCCCCGAGGCCCGACAAUUGGCCGCGGGGGGCGGAGUUCGCGGAGCCCCAAUGAAUGGGGGAGCCGGAAGCAGGAAGUGAGUUUGCGAUCCGAGCAGCUGCUGCAGCAGGGCCCAUGGCGGACGCCCAGUACAUCCUGCCCAAUGACAUCGGUGUGUCUAGCCUGGACUGCCGCGAGGCCUUCCGCCUGCUGUCACCCACAGAGCGCCUGUAUGCCCACCAUCUGUCACGGGCCGCCUGGUACGGAGGCCUGGCUGUGCUGCUGCAGACCUCCCCUGAGGCCCCCUACAUCUAUGCCCUGCUCAGCCGCCUCUUCCGUGCCCAGGACCCAGACCAGCUGCGCCAGCAUGCCCUGGCUGAGGGCCUUACCGAGGAGGAGUAUCAGGCGUUCCUGGUCUAUGCUGCAGGUAUCUACUCCAACAUGGGCAACUACAAGUCCUUUGGCGACACCAAGUUUGUUCCCAACCUGCCCAAGGAGAAGCUGGAACGUGUGAUCCUGGGAAGUAAGGCUGCUCAGCAGAACCCGGCAGAAGUCAGGAGCCUCUGGCAGACCUGCGGGGAGCUCAUGUUCUCUCUGGAGCCGCGGCUUCGACACCUCGGGCUGGGGAAGGAGGGAAUCACCACCUAUUUCUCCGGGGAUUGCACCAUGGAAGAUGCCAAACUGGCCCAAGACUUUCUGGACUCACAGAACCUCAGUGCCUACAACACGCGGCUCUUCAAGGAUGUCGACCAGGAUGGGAAGCCCCGCUAUGAGGUGCGGCUGGCUUCUGUGCUUGGCACGGAGUCUGCUCUGCCUUCCGAAAUGACGUCCAGGCUGAAGAGCUAUGAAUUCCGUGGGAACCAUUUUCAGGUGACGCGGGGGGACUAUGCACCUAUCCUCCAGAAGGUGGUGGAGCACCUGGAGAAAGCCAAGGCAUAUGCAGCCAACAGCCAGCAGGAACAGAUGCUGGCUCAGUACAUAGAGAGUUUCACCCAGGGCUCCAUCGAGGCCCACAAGAGGGGCUCCCGCUUCUGGAUACAGGACAAAGGCCCCAUCGUAGAGAGUUACAUCGGGUUCAUCGAGAGCUACCGAGACCCCUUUGGUUCCCGUGGAGAGUUUGAAGGCUUUGUGGCCAUGGUGAACAAGGCCAUGAGUGCCAAGUUUGAGUGUCUGGUGGCAAGCGCAGAACAGCUGCUGAAGGAGCUGCCCUGGCCCCCGGCCUUCGAGAAGGACAAGUUCCUCAGCCCCGACUUCACCUCCCUGGAUGUUCUCACCUUCUCUGGCUCUGGCAUCCCUGCUGGCAUCAACAUCCCCAACUAUGACGACCUAAGGCAGACGGAAGGCUUUAAGAACGUGUCACUGGGGAACGUGCUGGCUGUGGCCUACGCUACGCAGCGGGAGAAGCUUACCUUCCUGGAGGAGGAUGACAAGGACCUGUACAUCCGCUGGAAGGGGCCCUCCUUUGAUGUGCAGGUGGGACUGCACGAGCUGCUGGGACACGGCAGCGGCAAGCUCUUUGUGCAGGAUGAAAAAGGAGCAUUUAACUUUGACCAGGAAACAGUGAUCAACCCAGAGACGGGGGAGCAGAUUCAGAGCUGGUACCGGAGCGGGGAGACCUGGGACAGCAAGUUCAGCACCAUCGCCUCUAGCUAUGAAGAAUGCCGGGCUGAAAGCGUGGGCCUCUACCUCUGCCUCAACCCCCAAGUGCUGGAGAUCUUUGGCUUUGAGGGGGCUGAUGCGGAAGAUGUGAUCUAUGUGAACUGGCUCAACAUGGUUCGGGCCGGACUGCUCGCUCUGGAGUUCUACACCCCUGAGGUGUCUAGCUGGAGACAGGCCCACAUGCAGGCCCGGUUUGUGAUCCUGAGGGUCUUGCUGGAGGCUGGCGAGGGACUCGUCACUGUCACUCCCACCACAGGCACUGACGGGCGGCCAGAUGCCCGGGUCCGCCUUGACCGCAACAAGAUCCGGUCUGUGGGCAAGCCUGCCCUGGAGCGGUUCCUCAGGAGACUUCAGGUGUUGAAGUCCACGGGAGAUGUGGCCGGAGGCCGGGCCCUGUAUGAGGGGUACGCAGCAGUCACUGAUGCACCCCCUGAAUGCUUCCUCACCCUCAGGGAUACCGUGCUGCUCCGCAAGGAAUCUCGGAAGCUCAUCGUUCAGCCCAACACUCAUCUUGAAGGCUCAGAAGUGCAGCUCCUCGAGUAUGAGGCCUCGGCUGCUGGUCUCAUCCAAUCCUUCUCUGAGCGCUUCCCAGAGGAUGGGCCUGAGUUGGAGGAGAUCCUCACCCAACUGGCCACAGCUGAUGCCCGGUUCUGGAAGUGCCCCAGUGAGGCCCCAUCUGGCCAGGCUUGAGACCGAUUUAUGCAGCUCCUCCCUCAACUCCAUCAAACCACGUGUAUGCUAGGGGAGGAGCAGGAGCUCAGACCUUGGUGCUACCUCAGCCGAGGGUGGUGACACUAACCUCUUCCAUUUGUCAGCACUUUCCAGUUUACCAAGUGCUUCUCCUGUGUUAUCUCAUUUGAUCUGCACUGCCCUUGGUAGAGUGGGCAAGGCCAGGCUCCUUAUUCUGCUUCCCAAGUGAGGGAAUGGAAGUUGUGAGAAGUGACCUGUCUAGAUCCUGCAGGACUCAAAACCUCUCCCAAUCCAGUGCUCUUCAUGUAUUACUUUUAUAACCAGAAAAAUAAAUAUUAGAAACAACCAC